AUGGGACGCGGUUCUGCGAUCACGAAACGCAAGAAUGGGCAGAACCGCACCGACGUGGCUAGGUUGCUCGAUCUGAUGGCCAAUCAACAACCAGCGCCGGCGGUCGCCCCAUUUACUUCCGGAUGGGCUCCUAACGACGCGAAUCCGCCUCCGCCGAAUGCCUGGGCCCCGGCGCCGAACGUCCCCAUCGCAGCCGAGAUUGCCUCUCCAAACGAAGCGCCGCCACCCAGGACAGAUCAGCUACAUCAAUCUCAAGGUUUUGCAACGAGCACGCACUAUUUCGGAAAACCCGAAGACGAUCUUCGUUCAAGUACCAACGGCUUCCCUGCCUUUGACGCUGCAAAAUGCGGAGUGUUUGAAGGUUUCGGUACGCCGAAAGGAUCAGCCCCGAUUCCACCCUCGAACGAAGCGCCCCUUCCUAGCACAGAACAACUUCAUCAAGCAGAGGCCUUUCCAAAAAGCACCUACUGUCGUGGAUUUACGACGUUCCAAUUUCCUGCUCCACCAGCUCAAUUCCCCCGUCAAGGAGGUGCCCCCGUUGGAGUUGCCUGGAGCCCAUCGCCGAACCUCCCCGCCGCUGACCAGAUGCCACCUUCAGACGAAGUGUCCUUCUCGAGAACAGAGCAGCUGAAUCAGUCGGCAGCUUUUGCAACGGACACGCAAUAUUUUGCAAAGUCAGAAGGUGCCGCGCACUCGUCUAUCCAGCAUAUAGCCGCAUUUGACGCUGCACAAUGGAGCUCUGUUCAAGCUUCCAGCCAACAGAUCUCCCACGUAGAAGUUGCCCCUACAUCACCCGUUCCGCAAGCCUACAACGACUACGUUAUAAAACCCAGCUUUCCGGAUAUGCGGCGCUCCGAAAAUGAUCGGCCUCAAGGAUUUGCACCCGCUACAAAUACUUCUCGAACGGACCAAAAUAGCAGCCAUCACUCUUCCAGCAAGCACAGCGACACUGCGACUACCAAGAAAGAAGGAUUCUCGCUUUUUAAAAGAGGCCUACCCAAGCAGCUAUCAAAGGGAGUCCUGAACCCCCGCAGGUCGUCAACGCCGUCGGACAACAGUUUUUCCUCAAACUCUGCGAAGGAACAGCAGCUUCCUGGAAGUUCGCUUGAGGGAGCCACCGCUGCUGCGCAAGCCACGAAGAAUAAUUUUGCUGUUGAUGCCCCGUUGCAAGGCCGAACAACUCCCGGAUCGCUGGCCUCUUCGGAAAUCUACCACGCGACAUCUCGAGCUUCCAACGAUGCGGCUGACACUAGCGAGAGGUCCGGCCCGCCAGCUCCAGCUGCCGAUCAGCGGACCGAUGAGCUCAAUAGAACGACGCCUUUUGCUUGGCCAUCAGAGUGUCUGACAUUUCGGUCGAUUCCAUCUGCCGAUACCCAGAGUAUGCCUCAUCUUCCGGCCGCCUCUCCGGCAACCAACUGGCCCGGAUGCCUGGAGAAGACCGGCUUCGGCUCUGCGCGCGAAGGAGCUUUUGACAAGCAGCAAACGGAGAUCGUCGAACACCGUGCAACUUUAAACCCCCACCCAUCCAAUAAACCGGCUGCUGUCCCACCCGCUGCAGUCUGCAAUGAUGCUUGGCAGGCCGCUUCUACCCGCGACAAGGAUGAUGAGGAAUACGCACCUACAGUGUCUGUCGCCAUCGAGCCCCUGGAAAUGCAGGCCCGUAGCUUGAAUUCGUUCGAGGAAUGCGGGCACGUUGGGAUCGCGAUUGCCAAUUUUCUCAAGACGUACGCCGACAAUCCCCGUCCGACGGUCGUGCAACAAUUCGCAUAUCCAUUCUUAAAAGAUCGCCGUCCUGUGGCGGUACGCGCCCCGACGGGUAGUGGCAAGACGGUCGCAUUUCUUCUGCCGAUUUUGGAGAAUUUGAUUAAAGAAGGCGGAAAGAAAAACCAGAAUCCGCGCUGCAUCGUUUUGGUGGACACCCGAGAACUCUGCGAGCAGCACUGGAAAACGUCGCUGAAGAUUAUCGAACAACUCGAGAGAUUCAAUCUGGAAGUACGCGUCGACUGUCACAUGGGAGGCGAUCCAUUUGGCCCGCCAAAACAUAUGUAUGACGGCCGCCUAUCCUGCGACAUCGCCUUCAUUUCACCGGGCCGCCUGAUGGAUUACCUCGGCGGGGGCAACAACUCAAAGAGGGCGUUCAAUAAACUCGACCUCUCGGAGCUGCAAUACAUAGUGAUGGACGAAGCGGACGAGCUUUUCUUCCCUGGCAAAUUCCAGCAAGAAAUGGUGACGUUGGGCAAGGAAUUGGAAAGAUGUCGUGAAUUGAAGGGGGACGGCUAUCGUCCAUGCUUCACGCUAUUUUCGGCCACGCUCUACAAGACGGACCCGGAUCUGCGACGGUCCUGCUUGCGGCUGGGAGAAGAUUUUGAUCCUCUAAAGAUGGGUUCUGUCGAGGUGCUCCAGCAGCAAACAAAUAUCGUCCAAACGGUGUUCCUCAUCACCCAGUCGUACCAAAAGCUGCAAUUGCUCGUCAAGCUCCUCGAUCGCGAUCUGGAGAUGAUGGGAAUGACGCGGGAGCAUAGCCGUCGAGCCACCAGUUUUGACUUCUCGACGGUCAUCUUUUGUAACCAGCGCAAGGAGACGUAUAUGCUGGCUAGCUACCUGACCAGUCAUUAUGGAUUCAACGUCGUUGCCCAUAAUUCUUCCUUCCCAAAUGAGGUGCGCCGACGCAACCUUCAGAACCUCGAGGCCGGCCGUCUCCCGUUCAUCGUUGCCACAAAUGCGCUCUCGCGCGGAAUCGACAGUACCCGGAUCAAACAUGUAAUCCUUUACGGCGUGCCGAAUACGAAUUGGAACUCAUACACGCAUCGAGUCGGACGCACAGGACGUCGGGGGACCGAGGGCCGAGCAUCAAUCUUUUUCGACCAGUCUGAAGAGGACGAUCGAAGGAGGGGCGCCUUGUUGCUUCGGACCCUAUACCUGCAUGGCCAGAAGACUCCAAGGUUUCUGUUCGAAAGUUACCGUGCGCAAGCCUUUCCGGAUGAACAACUGAGGGAGCCGACCCUCUCAAUGGGCGAACCACCGGCCGAAGUCGAUUUCGAAGCUUGUGGUCUUGAUGUAGAAGAAGAAGUUUACGAGGAAGACAGCGACACCUCGGACUCGUGCCUCUCGCUCGCCAGACUGGAGCCA